CAUCAUCAACCCUCUGCCGAGCUGGACAAGGCUUCCCGCGUGUGUGCGUCCAAACCGCGCUACCGCCUCCCUGCUUCUUCCAGCGCAAAACCGCUUCACCACCUCCUCAGCAAAGCUCACGCUUCCCUUAAUAGCAUGCAAUUCAGUUUUCCUCCUGUUUCCUCGCAGUUGCUUCUCCGAAAAGUCAAUCAUCUCCAACCGCUGUUAUCAUACUCUAAAUUCGGUCGUUAUUUUUGUUUUGUUGCUGGUUUUUUAUGGAGGGUCACUCUCUUGGCAUGUUCGAUAAUAAGCAGGCAGGUGCUCGGCGCAACAUAAUUCCUGAGUGUUUGGACUGGAACAGUAAUAACCUUCAGAGUGAUCUACCCCUCACCAGACUGCCUGUCCUCUAAGAUGUCCCAGUCCACUGUCACCGAAGAAGGAGGCACCUUCGAGCACCUGUGGAGCUCCUUGGAGCCAGACAGCACCUACUUUGAGCUCCCCCCAGGCAGUCAGCCAGGUGAGAGGCCAGUGCCUUCUGCCAGUACCCCAGGGAGCCACCACAGUGCUGCUGAGGUGUCCAUGGAUGUCUACCACAUGAGGGACAUGAACGACAAUGUGAUGUCCCAGUACAACUUGCUGAGCAGCAGCAUGGAGAGCCUGGGGAGCCGUGCGACGUCCGCCAGCCCCUACAGCUCGGAGAACGCCCCCUCGUCGGCCGUGCCCACCCCCUCUCCCUACUCCCAGCCCAACUCUACCUUUGAGGGCCUGUCGCCUGCCCCGGCCAUCCCCUCCAACACUGACUACCCUGGGCCGCACGCUUUCCAGGUGUCCUUCCAGCAGUCCAGCACCGCCAAGUCUGCAACUUGGACCUACUCUCCACUGCUGAAGAAACUCUACUGCCAGAUUGCAAAGACCUGUCCCAUCCAAAUCAAGCUGUCCUCCUCUCCUCCACAUGGCAGCAUCAUCAGAGCCAUGCCUGUCUACAAGAAGGCGGAGCACGUCACAGAAGUGGUCAAACGCUGCCCCAAUCAUGAAUUAGGCAGAGACUUCAAUGAUGGUCAAGCAGCCCCGGCCAGUCACCUGAUCCGAGUGGAGGGGAAUAAUCUCUGUCAGUACGUUGAUGAUCCCGUCACUGGCCGACAGAGCGUCUUCGUGCCCUAUGAGGCUCCACAGGUGGGGACUGAGUUUACCACCAUUCUGUAUAACUUCAUGUGCAACAGCAGCUGUGUGGGUGGCAUGAACAGGAGACCCAUCCUCAUCAUCAUCACUUUGGAGACCAGGGAUGGUCAAGUGUUGGGCAGAAGGUCAUUCGAAGGUCGGAUAUGUGCGUGUCCUGGCCGAGACCGCAAAGCCGACGAGGACCACUUCAGGGAACAACAGGCCAUGAAUGAGAGCGUGGCCAAAAAUGGCAGUGCCAACAAGCGCAACUUUAAACAGAGUCCGUCAAAUAUUCCCAGUCCAAAUAUUAACAUGAGAAAGAGGCGGCAUGGAGAAGAAGAGCUUUUCUAUAUUCCAGUUCGUGGUCGGGAGAAUUUUGAGCUGCUGAUGAAGAUUAAAGACAGCUUGGAGCUGGUGGAGUUGGUGCCACUGCCACUGGUAGAAUCCUACAGACAACAAGCACAGCAGCAACUGCUGCAGAGACCGAGCCAUAUAGCAUCCCCCUCCUCCUACUCCCCACUGUCCAACAUGAACAAGCUUCAUACCCACGGUGGCCUCAGCAAAUCGCCCUCAGUCAACCAGCUGGUGGGACAGCAGCCCCAGCAACACACCACUGCGCCCACCUCAAUAGCUCAUAUGGGGUCAAACAUGCUCAACAGCCACCACAUGCAGGCCAGUGGUGAUAUGAAUGGUGGUCACAGCAGUCACACUAUAGUGUCUGCUUCCCACUGCAGCCCGCCCCCUCCAUAUAACCCUGACCCCAGCCUCGUCAGUUUUCUAACCAGUCUGGGCUGUCAGAACUUCAUUGAGUACUUCGCCUCCCAAGGUCUCCAGUCUAUCUACCAUCUGCAGACUCUCUCCAUGGAGGAUUUAGGUGCACUGAAGAUACCAGAGCAGUCCCGCCUUGCCAUCUGGCGAGGUCUGCAGGACAUGAAACAAGGUGCUUCCCUCCAACUGCCUGCCUCUACUCAUCAUCAUGACUAUCAUGGGCAGCAGCUUCUUCGCUCCAGCAGCAACAUGGCUGCCUCUGCCCGUGUCAUGGAGGCUGUGCACUUCCGUGUCCGCCAUACCAUCACCAUACCCAACAGGUCAGGUGUUGUUGGGACAUCAGGGAUGGCAGCAGCAACUGAUGAGUGGGCUGACUUUGGUUUCGAUAUGCCUGACUGUAAGGUGUCACGCAACAAGCACUCCAUCAAAGAGGAGUUUCUGGAAAGUGAUGUUCACUGAGCCCAGAAAGAAUCUUGGGACUGUUUUGCCAAUAUUAUUGUGAGCAUCAGCCUGUUUAUAGAGUAAACAUAUGGACAUGGUCCUUAAAUCAAAUUUUAGGUGUUGCUGUCAUAUUUCAGUCAGUAAUUUUGCAAAGAAUUAAGUUUGCUCUUGAAUGUGGGGCAUUUUCAGUGUGUUAAUGCACUUUCCUGUCCAGUCUUUAUUUUGAACAGUUGUUCCACCCAAAAGAAUAAACAUGAGACAACACAAAGGAUAUCUCAAGUCUGCAUAGUAAAUACCACUGUGACAAUAGCAUUGUCAAAUAAAUGUUAAACUCACAUGUCUGGACUAUAGAUUUUGGGACUAUAGUUCAAAGAGGGAAAUAAUUAUUCUGGAAAAUGGGAUGUUGCUUGGUUGCAUUGUGCAAUAAUAAAUGACACAUUUUUAACAGCAUCCACUUAAACCUAUGGUGAACAAAAAGUGUAGCAACUGUGGAUACGCAAAUUUAGUUCUCCAGUGACUUAUUUAUUGCUCUUUUAUUUUUUUAUUUUUUUUGUAAAAAUGUAUAUAUUGCAUCUUGUAAAUGUUUUGGACUAGAUGUGGUUAA